AUGGAGAGGGGUUUGAGACAAGGUGAUCCUUUAUCUCUGUUUCUGUUCAUUCUAGUUGUUGAUGUUCUGCAUCGGAUGGUAGGGGAGGCAGUCAGAAACAUAUGUAUUAUGCCGCUGUUAGUUGGUAAGGACAAUAUAGAGUUGUCACAUCUCCAGUUUGUUGAUGACACUAUAUUGUUCUGUCCGCCAGAAGAGGAGACCAUCAGAAACUAUGCCAGGCUGCUAAGGUGCUUUGAGAUGAUGUCGGGAUUAUCCAUUAACUUUGAUAAAUCAAGUCUAAUCCCAAUCAACUGUGAACAGCAGUGGACAUCCAACAUGUGUAACUUGCUGGGGUACAAGGAGGCCUACCUUCCAGUCAGAUACCUUGGCAUCCCCUUAGGAGCGAACCCACGACUGGUCAGGACUUGGAAACCGAUAAUUGACAAGGUAGAGGAGAAGCUCAGUCUAUGGAAAGCAAAGGUACUCAACAAAGCGGGUAAGCUGGUCUUUAUUAAGUCCAUGUUAAAUAGCUUGCCGGUGUACUACUUGAGCCUGUAUAAGAUGCCAAAGGCAGUGGCAGAAAAAUUGAUAUCAUUGCAGAGAAAGUUCCUGUGGAGUAAGGAGGAAGGUAGGAAUGGCAUGGCGCUAGUUAAGUGGGAGGUGGUUCAAGCCCCUAAAAAGCUGGGGGGGGGAUUGGGGGUAGGUGAUGCUGUGAUUAGAAACGCUGCGCUCAUGUUCAAGUGGUGGUGGUGUUUUUCGAAAGAAGAAUGUCCAUUAUGGAAGAAGGUGGUAUGUUCUUGUUAUGAUUUGAAUCCCAGUGUGAUGUUAUCAGCUCAAAUAUUACCUACUAGAGGGGGCCCAUGGAAGGAUAUCUGCCAUCUGCAACUCAAAGAUAAUACUAUAAAAGAUAAGAUGAUUGCGGGAUUGUCUAUGGAGUGGAGGCGAGCUUUAUACCAAUGGGAGCUGGAAUUAGUGGAUCUGUUGCAUGAGACCUUAAGGCCUAUAAAGCUAUCACAUGAUAAGCCGGACAGAAUCUUUUGGAAGUUUGACAAGGAAGGUAUAUUUUCAACUAACUCUUUUGUGCAGGUGUGGUGUCAAUGGCUAACUGAAUUUGGGAGAUCGUGGACUGUCCCGGGCUCACUAAAAGAACAAUUUGAGAGUUGGACAGGUGCUGCUAACAGGAAGGUGGAGCGCAACAAGUGGCUCAUUUGCUUUUUCUCGGUCAUUUGGAACGUUUGGCUCGAGAGAAACGGACGAAUUUUUAAUAACAAGGAGGCAACUGCAGAGGUGAUUGUUGUACUAGCGGAGCAGAGAAAUGAGUCUGCGGAAACUGACGGUGCUGAAAAGAUUGAAGAAGAUAAGCCAUUAUUCUUCACCUCAAAGUUCACAACUAGUUUAUCUUUUUCGACUAACAAAUUACUUUUGCUUCGAUUCGGUUUUCUGUCUACCAUCUUCCACACUAUUAACCUCUUCUUCGAUACAGCUGACCUCGUCGAGUCUGCCUCUUCGAUUUCCACAUUUGCGUCAAUCGAUUAA